AUGUUGCCCUCAUCGGUGCGGCGCGUGGUCGCUUCGGCGCCGCAGUCCCCCCUCGUCGCCUCCCUCACCUCCGCUCCGAGAGCGGCUACGGCCACCAUCACCCUUCAGCAGAGACCCGUCGGCGGCCACCAGAGACGAUGGUCCUCUUCGAGCCCCUCGAACCCGAAUAACAACGGAUCCAAGGACAUUCCUGCCCAGGGCCAGUCCGUCCAUGCCUCGACAUCAUCGAGCUCCAGCAGCAGCAGCAAGGCCAACGGCGAGAAGCGGAAACGAAAGAGCAAGGACAGCGCCGAUAGGGAGGCUGCGCAGAAGCUGCCCAGCGUGCCCAGCACACAACAUCUUUCCCAAGAAGCUCUCGGCUUGUCAACCUUUUUCUCUCUGCACCGGCCGAUAUCUGUGACCCACAGCAUGCCCAAGUCAGUGACGGAAGAAGCCUUCGCCGCCAUCUUCAAGCCCCGGAGCAGGGCAAACAAGGUCACCGACGUCAUCUCAACACUAUCGCGGACGACCGACGACCUCGAGGGCGCCAUGGCCAAGAUGACCAUCGGCCACCAGGAGACGGAUGCGUCAGGCGAGCCCGUCCAAAAGAUCGACUUCAAGAACCCCGACGGCACCGAGUCGAGCGUCUACGUCCAGCUCAACAGCAUGGCCGGCCAGUUCGUCCCCUUCCGUCCUCCUCCGGCCCCCGAGGCCAUGGGCGAGACCGCCGACGCCGCAACCUCCCACGCCGCCGCCGCCGAGUCCGCCGUCGAGGACCUCCUCGACGAGACCCCCCACCACCGCGUCUACAAGGCCAUGUUCACCAUCGAGGAGACGACCGACGCCGACGGCCAGGUCCAGGUCCUCGCCCACAGCCCCAAGAUCAUGCAGGACGGCGGCGACGCGCCCCGCUCGUUCCUCGAGCGCAUGGCCCUGCGCCAGAUGAAGUUUGACGAGGCGCAAGGUCACGAUACCAUGCACGCCCUCAGCGUCAAGCGCCAACGCAAGCUCAAGAUGAAGAAGAAGAAGUACAAGAAGUUGAUGAAGCGCACGCGCAACCUGCGCCGCAAGCUGGACAGAAUCUAA